AUGGAGAAUCAGAGCGUGAGUGAUGAUGAAUUGUUGUACCCUGAUGAGCCUGAGGAGAUCAUUGCUCAAUCUUCAGAGGGAAAAGGCGAAGGGAGUGAUGUGGUUUUUGCAAGAGAGGGACCUCUGAUAGUCAUAGCUAGUACUGAGCCUAGCAAAUGCUUUGGUUGUAGUGAAAAGAAACUGAAAUGUCUUGAGAAGGUGAAUCUAGGGAAAGAGAAGAAGCUUAAUAGACAGGACAGAAUCGAGCUGGGACGUCUCUUCCAAAGUGCUAUUAGCUCACAGGACUGGGAGAUUUCCGAGAGACUGAUUCAGCUGGCUGAUCUACAGACUCUGAAUGAUUUGCUGUGUAUUAGUCUAGAUUCCAUUUGGUUCUUGAGAACAGAGCACGAGUUACGUGGAAUCACAGGGUUGAUUUCACAGAUCGUAUGUCACGGUGCUCAUGACUAUACUAGAGCUACGCUUAGGACUUCGUUUCUUGCUUCAUGUGUCUCAUCUUGCCAGAGCCGGACACUGAGUCUUGCUGAUACUGUAACUGUAAUGGCUCAAAGGUUGCAUGAGCGUCUCCAAGAGUGUAGUGGUGAUGAGGUUCUUAAAGCAGAAGCUAGUGCCAAAGUUCAAAAGUUUACUGAAUGGGCACUCAAAUGUAUAGGUUUUCACUCAAGAUGCCAAGGCCCUAGAGAUAAAGCUAACCAAGACUCAGCCGUUGAGAUCCAGCUCCAGCUUUCUGCUUUCAAGAUGUUCUUAGAUCUUGCAGGAAACCAUCUGUCAGGAAAGGAUUUCACAGAAGCCUUUGAUGCUGCUUGCUUCCCGCUUACGCUGUUCUCUACUUCGUUUAAUCCUGGAUGGGCUUCGGGAAUCUCAGCUACCAUCAUACAUGGAUUGCUGGGUAUGUUGGUGGAAGGAGGUGCAGAUAAUGUGAAUCAGUGCUUUCUUGAAGCUUCUCGUUUUGGAAGCACAGAGCUUGUGCGCAUCUUGUUGCAGAUUGCUCAAAGGAAUAGCUUAGACGUGGAUGUUGACUUAGCCUUGGGGUUUGCUUCACAUUAUAGUAAGAUUGAAACGAUGGACUGCCUUGUGGAAGAAGGUCAUGCCAUUGCUUUCUUAGGUCCCUUGAUGAGAGCCGCAGAGAGAGGCUGUGUGCAAGUUGUGGAAUGGUUUGUGAAAAGAGGCUGUCGUGAGAUGGAGCUAUGCUUGGCUCUCACAGCCGCCACUUCUAGCAGCCAGGUCAAGAUCGCUGCUUAUCUCCUUCCUCAUGUUCCAAGACCUGUCCUCACUGCGCUCAGCAUCGAAAUCCUCAAAGCAGCCGGUGAAAGAAGCGGUGGUUCACUCCACGGAGUAGAGUUUCUCUUAAAAUCAGAUUUCCUCAGUGAUCCUGUAGCCACUUAUUCGGUUGCAGACACCAUUGCAAAGUCAGAAGACGAGUCUGUUCCUUCAGAGCUGAAAUCGUUUCUCCAAGAACAUUGGUCAGAGGCUGCAUUCAACCAAGGAUUGAGAGAAAGCCGAGAGAACUUCAUGAAUUUCAUGAGGGUUUUGAAGCUUGGAGAGUCUGCUAUAUGCUUGAAGGAUCUUCCAGCACCAUUGAGAGUUGCAAUUGCUUACAUGCCGCUGUAUAGAGAGUGCGUGAAAGCGGGUGGGAGGUUGCUCUCGCAGAGGUUAAGAGGACAGCUCGUGGAAGCUGUGACGCUGCUUCAAGGCUUCGAUGUGGAGAUAGAAGAUGUAAACAAAGGUCAUCAUCAUAAGCUCAUGGCUGUUUUGGAGCAUCACCUACCUCUUUUUUUGGUCAAAGCUUCUUCACACUGA